CGUGUGGGAGUAGUGGAGGUUGGCUCUGGUUUUUGACAGUGUAUGUUGAAAGCUCACCAUACGGUAAGAUUGUACACACUUCAGUUGCAGAAAGGUGAUCAUAGAGAUGUUCUCCACCCUGAAGAAGCUCUUAUGCUUUAAGAAAGAGCCAAGAAACCCCUUGGGGUUUUGUGACAGCCCAAGCAGUGAAAGGCAGAGGAAAUUUUUCUGGUGUGGCGGUGCAAAUGAGGACAGGUACUGCCAGUCAUAUGACCCAGAAAAUCCCUUCCAUGAGGUGGUGUGUGCUGGGAAACUGAAAGAGGCACUGCACCUGCUGACAAGAAGAUAUUUUAAUGUCAAAGACAAGGACACAGGGAAAAGAACUGAUCUCCACUUCACCUUCUUCUAUGGACAUCUGGAUCUGGUUUAUUUCCUGUUACAUAUGGACAGUGAGACAAAUGCCCUUGAUAAGAAGAAGGCCACACCGCUCAUGAAGGUAGUUCACAGACUCAAUUUCAUUAAUUAAGUUGGCUAGGAUGAAAGUGAAAUUAUCAUCACUUAAAUAGAGAUCACAGUAAAAGCUGGGGGAAGCUCAUUUUGAAUUCUUGAUUCCACAAUAUUUUCCUAGUGACAAUAUCCACAGGCUGUA